CUCACAAGGUGGAGACUGAUGUGAUAGAGGAUGACAGUGUGUGGUGAGAGAGUCAGGGCUCCACAUCACAGGCACAUACAUCGGUAACUCCAGCUAGCAAACAUGUACUGCUGGGGCAACAACAGGUCUAGGCAGCUGGGUCUUAUAGACAAAGAAGAGGAAGCUGUCGACUUCACCGAAAAUGACUACUUUACUAACCAAGUGGGUGUACAAAAGGUGGCAUGCGGAGGAAGACAUACCCUUUUUCUCCAGGAAGAUGGCAUUGUUCUUUCCUGUGGUCAGAAUGACUGUGAACAGCUGGGCAGGAGGACUGACACCAGCUCCUUAGGACAAAUCCAUUCCCUGGAAGCCCAGACAAUUGUGGAUGUGAGCUGUGGGUCUAACCACUCUGUGGCAAUUUGCAGUGACAGAAAUAUAUUUACCUGGGGUGGAGGGUCACAAGGACAACUUGGAUUAGGACAAUUUCCUCAGAACUCUCGUAUUCCUAGAAAGAUAACCGUAUUGUCUGACAUAAGAAUAAUACAAAUAUCCUGUGGACAUUUCCAUACAGUUGCCCUUUCAGAAGAUUGCAAUGUUUUUUCAUGGGGAAAGAAUGAUUUCGGUCAACUGGGACUGGGAAAACAGAUGCCUAACCAAGCCAUCCCUCAAGUUGUGAAGUCUCUGAAAGGCGUUCCUCUGCUUCAAGUCUCUGCAGGGGGUUCUCAGAGUUUUGCUCUGUCAAUGUCAGGAAUUGUGUUUGGAUGGGGAAAGAAUAAUGCAGGACAAAUAGGACUUGAGAGUGACCCUCUAAAAGCAGGUGUCUUUAAACCAUAUCCAGUAAGUUCUUUGAGAGAUAAAGGUGUUAUCUAUAUCAGUUGUGGAGAUGAACACACCGCCGUACUAAGCAAGGAGGGCACUGUAUAUACUUUUGGAGAUGGAACACAAGGACAGUUAGGGAAGAGUUCUAUUACUCACACUUCUGUGCCUCAGAAGAUAGAAGAAUAUGAAAGGCAGGUUUCACAGAUAGCCUGUGGAAGCUAUCACACACUUCUAUAUGUUCUCACGUCUAAUCAAAUUGUAUCCUUUGGUCAUGGAAUACAAGUGAAACUAGAUGAUCAUCUACCAGAAGUCCCAUUGGAACCUGACAUUGUGUUCACUUCAAAAGACCUCAAGGACAUUUCUUUAAAGCAGAUUUUUGCUGGGAACAAUGUCAGCUUUGCAACCUCCACUCUGCAACCACAGCGCUUUGUGGAGCGGGGCUAUCAUCUCACAAAUAAGCACGAAGAAAAAGAGGUGAUAAUAACAUCUGUCCGAACUAAGCUUUAUCUAAAACAUGGGAAAAAGUAUGAUAAGGAAGCCAUCCAGAAGAAAUUUUGCGACCUGAAGCGGCUUCACCCUGAACUCGUGAAAGAGUAUAGUGAGCGAUUACGCCCAGGUGUUCCUGUUCCUUCUCUUCGACAAAGAAUUUCAAAAAAGAAGGUGGUCGCAGCAACGGGUGUGAAGGAAGAGUCGGCUGAGCAGGCAGAGGAGGAUCAGCCUGGACCAUCGCAGCCAGGGGAUUCCUCCCCCCCACCUCCAGAAGAGAGAGACAUGGAGGUCUACACCCCCAACCAGGAGGGUGUUCCCGUUCCUCCUGUACAGCAAAUGGGUGAGGAGGAAGAGUUGGAGGAGCAGCCUGGACCCUCCACUGAUCGAGGAGGACCAUCACAGCCAGGGGAUUCCUCUCCCCCACCUCCAGAGGAGGGGGACAAGGAGGUCUACACCCCCAACCAGGAGGUUAUUAGAAAACUUAAAAGGCGGCUCCUUGAGCACCGGAAGACAGAAGCCAAAGCAAUGCUGGCUAUAAAAGCAGAGAAAAAAAAUAUAGGCCUACUUCAGGCUUGGUUACACAGGCAUCAGCGUCAGCUGGAUGAUGCUUACAAGAAGCUCGAGGAGCAGAGGAAGAUGCAUAAUGAAGAGCUCCUGGAGAUACAGCAAGAACUACAAAGUUUGCCUUAAUUUUUUAGUAUUUUAUAUUUUACCUACUUUCUAAUUUAUAAAUAAAUAUUUUAUUAUGUUUAAUCAUU